CGCUGUCAACUUGCUGUGCAGUAAGGUCCAAGGACCAUACGAUUCGUCGUCACAUCGCCCGUGUAACGCGGGUCUACUCUACAUACGUCCUCGGUGCCGCGUCAGCCCAAGUCCGAAUCCCUCCGAGCCUAUGUAACUGCGCGCGGUAUAUACUACAUAAGUAUUUCACAGCCUUCCGCACAGCGAGUCUCCCUUCUCCUCCUCCUCCCAAGUUGUACAUUGUCAGCAUACUCAACUGAGUUGCUCGAAGACGUUGUGGAUGCUACUCGAGCAUGGGCUUGACUACCGUAUACACACCCAGCGGUGGGACGGUGACUGGGGCCCUUCGAAUCGUUGCUAAAGCAUCCACGUCAUUGCCCGUGGAAGUAUGCGAGCGCAUCAUCGAACAGCUCGCAACAGAGCCAGACGUUGAGGACAUCCCGACGCGCAAAGCACUCCUCGCCUGUGCGCUUGUCUCCAAAGCGUUCUACACCAUGAGCAGGGCCGUCUUCUGCAGACAUAUCGCAAUUAUGAGAUGGGACCUACUCCAGGGCUUCGUGAAGCUCUUGAAGGGGAAGCCUGCCCUCCUCGGCUUGGUGGAGUCUGUGUACCUCUCCGGCCGCGCUACUCGAGACGACUUAAGACCUCCUCGGGCGAGUGGGGCCUUGGCGACCUUUCCGCUCAUCUUCGCGCAGAAGCUCCCGCGGCUGCACAAGCUCCACAUCUGCUGCAUGAACCCACUGUGGUUCUACCACCUCCAGUCGUAUUUCUACGACGCACUGCGACGCUUCACGUCCGUCACUGUGCUUUAUCUGCGGGACGUCACUUUCACCUCCGCGAAUCAUUUCGCUAGGCUACUCGACUCAUUGCCCCACCUCGAGUGGUUUACAUGUGCAGACCUGCGGUGGAUCCACCACGGACAACCCAUCCUUCAGCUACCACGUAGGACCGAUAUCAAGCUCAACAGACUUUCUCUACAGACGUCACUCAUGUCACCUGAGAACACGCGCACCCUCCUUGAGUUCUUUGCCAGCUCGGAUCGCGCGGCUGGUCUCCAGCGGUUGAAGAUCGGACGCCUCGAGCUGAGCAACAUAGAGCACCUACGGGUUGGACAACUCCUGCAUGCCGCCGGCCGUCUCUUCGGCACCUGCAGCUGAGCGUUGGCGUCGUCGUGGACUCAGAGGAGAACACCGAUAGUGUCACGGCCACGUCCAUCAGCCUUAGUGCUAACAACAAUCUUCAGAGCUUGACCCUCAAGAUCCACGCGUUCUACAAGGACUUGUACC